AUGAAUAUUAGGAAUAUUAAGAGAGAGACCAAGCAGAAAGUUGUUGUCGUUUUGGAGGGAAACAAGGCCUCCAAAGAGAACACAGGCGUGGCACCACUCUGUAAGGCUAUUCAUGAUGUGGUUGGUCCAGAAGAUCAAGUUUUGGUCCUCACCCUACUCUACUGGAAUAGCAACAUUAAUGACGCCGCAGUACCCGCGGCGGCGUUGUCCUCGCCCUUGGUGCCGCCGAUGUCGGUGCCAUCAUCUCAUGAUCAUGAGAGAUUCUUUGGUGGUGGUGAUGAUGAUCAAAUGAUAUUGCAUGAUAUCAAUCCGGAUAUUAAGUUCCUUUACGGCCAAGAGAUCGAUCAAAGAGAGAAAGCUUAUGCUCAAGUAUUCAAGCCUUUCUAUCUUACUUGCCAGACCUAUGGAGUAAAGUUUGAGGUAAAGAUAGCUGCGGGAUUCCGCCCAAAGGAUAUUGUAAUCGAAGAGGCAAAUAAUGCCAAAGCAAAGUGGAUUGUAAUGGAUAGGUGCUUUGCUAAAGAUCCAAGUUUCCAACUAAACGGAACAAAAUUCAACGUAAUCUCGGUGAAUGACGACGGCGAAGCCAUUUUCCACCUUAGAUAUGCUCCUGAAAGCUCAUCAUCAGCCACGAUUAAAAAACUAAAAUCCGAGAACAGAUAUUUAAAAGUAAAAAAGGAACCAAAACCUCAAAUGAAGCCAUUUGAGUGUUUCAAGUUACCACCAACAUUAUCUCAACCUUCUUCUCCUAGUUCAUCAACUACUAGUCCUCCACAAAACGAAAAGCUUAAAAUGGAGGUGCCAGCAAUAGAAGGAAGUACUAGUAGUGCUGCUAUCUUUUCUCCGCGAAGUAAUAAUAACAUUUCGUCGAGAAAAUUCUGCGAUCCUAACUUUGUGCUAAGACUGCCAUUGAAACUGAGCAAGGAAGAGCUUGAAGAGAUAACGCUCAAGUUUAGCACGACCAUUUCCUCGGACGAGAGCCAGCACUUUGUGGUGUUUGAAGGGUUUUUUCCGGUUUAUCAGUUGCGCGUUAUGGUUAAGAUGUUUAGAGGAGAUUCUGGUGGAGUUUUUCUUGAGGCUGAGAAGAAGGCAGCCUUGUCUAUGCGCCAUAAGAAUAUAAUGAGGUUGAUUGGAUACCACCAAAGUGAAGAUACUACUUUUCUGGUGUUCCCAUUUGCUGAAAGAGGCACAUUGGAUUUAUGUAUUCUUAGUGAUCCUGAUUCAGUGGCUCAAGUGAAGUCCGAUGUGCUAUCUUUUGGAGUCCUGCUCUUGAGAUUGUUUUGUGGAAUAUCUGUGCCACAAUAUGAUGAAACUUUGAUUAAGUGGGCUCGUCCGUUGUUACUAGAAAGGGCAUUCCACAUAUUACUAGACAAAGACGAUAAAGACAUAGACAUGCACGAAAUGUUUAGAGUAAUGUGCACAGCGUUUCAGUGUGCCAUGACUAGUCCAGAUAAGCGACCAUGCAUGAGCCAGGUUAUUUCGUAUCUUAAAGGGGAAAGUUUCUGUGUCAUGCAAUCAUCUCCGUAA